CCUGAGGGCGUAACGUCACCGGCACCACCACCAGCACGGAGCCCGAUGUCUGGACGGAGAGCGGCUCCGUGGCACCGCCGGCCGUGAAAGCCACAACAAGCGGCUUUAGUCGAGCGAGAGAGAGGAGGAGGAGGGGGGGGGAUCAAGAGCUGAAGCUAGCCUCCAAGCCUCCUCACACCGCCCUCAAGAGACCCCCGAGAGGAGCGUUUUCGACUCGACUAAAAGCCACCAAAAUCCUGCAAAAAUGGGGGAGCAGCCCAUCUUCAGCACCCGGGCCCACGUCUUCCAGAUCGACCCGAGCACCAAGAAGAACUGGGUUCCCACCAGCAAACACGCCGUCACCGUCUCCUACUUCUUCGACAACACCAGGAACGUGUAUCGGAUCAUCAGCCUGGAUGGAUCCAAGGCCGUCAUCAACAGCACCAUCACUCCCAACAUGACCUUCACCAAGACGUCGCAGAAGUUCGGCCAGUGGGCCGACAGCCGGGCGAACACCGUGUACGGCCUCGGCUUCUCGUCCGAGAGCAACCUGGCCAAGUUUGCAGAAAAGUUUGCCGAGUUCAAGGAGGCAGCGCGGUUAGCGAAGGAGAAGUCUCAGGAGAAGAUGGAGCUCACCAGCUCUCCCUCCCAGGAGUCGGUCGCAGGUGACCUGCUGUCACCUUUGACCCCAGAGAGCAUCAACGGCACAGACGACGAGAGAGUCCCAACGGGCACGCCUCAGCAUGCCGAACCUAGAGCACCGGCUUCCCAGAAUGCACUGGCCUUCUCUCACAGUUCGUCCAACGUCAACAAGCACUGGGAGGCGGAGCUGGCGGCGCUCAAGGGGAACAACGCCAAGCUGACGGCGGCGCUGCUGGAGUCCACGGCCAACGUCAAGCAGUGGAAGCAGCAGCUGGCGGCGUACCAGGAGGAAGCGGAGCGGCUGCACAAGCGGGUGACGGAGCUGGAGUGUGUGAGCGGCCAAUCCCCGGUGAUCAGAUCCCAAAAGACGGAACUCAACCAAACGAUAGAGGAGCUGGAGUCGGCGUUGAUGGCCAAGGAGGAGGAGCUGGAGAGGCUUAAAGUGGAGGUGGAGAGUGCCAACGAGUUCCAGUCUCAAAAGGACUCCCUGACGCAGAAGCUACAGGACACGGAGUCCAUGAACCAGGCGCUGGAGGCCCGGCUGAGCGAGCUAGAGCAGCGGAUGCGGAGCAACCAGCGGGAGCGGGAGGCGUUCCGCCACAGCCUCCGAUCGCUGCUGCAGCUGCUGGACGGGAAGCUGUUCGAGCUCACGGAGCUGCGGGACGCGCUGGGGAAGCUCCUCGAGAGCAGCUAGGGCGGAGGAAGGGAACGGCCACUAGGGCGGAGGGAACGGCCGCUAGGGCAGAGGAAACGGCCACUAGGGCGGAGGGAACGGACAUUAGGGCGGAGGAAGGGAAC